CAGAAGGGGCCUGAGACUACACAGUCGCUUAGCAGCCCAGCGCCGACCGGCGGCAUCUUUAGCAGACUUGGCGGCACGAGCACGGCCGGGGAGACAACUACUGGGUUUAGCUUGAAGGGCAGUGCCAGCACUGGGUUUAGCAGUACGCUGGGCGGUAGCCCUGCGGCAACGGAGACUGCAAGCACCGGUAUUAGCACCAAGCUUGGGGGGACGAGCGCGGCGGGGGAGGCGACUACUGGGUUUAGCUUGAAGGGCGGUGCGAGCACUGGCUUUAGCAGCAUGCUGGGCGGCGGCGCAUCGGCCGCUGAGCCGGCCAAAUUCAACCCAUUCGCUCCUACGACGAAGCCGGAGGCAUCGGCGGCUGCUUCGACGACAGUACCUACAUCAGCUGCUGAGCCAGCCAAGCUUCAACCCAUUUGCUGCCAUGAAGAAAUCAGAGACAUCGACAGCCGCCUCUACAUCAGCUGCGGCUCCGUCGGUGUUGGGUAACCCGACAACCGGAACGGGUCUGGGUGGAGGUGGUCUGAAGCUGUCGACGACGCCAGCCGAGCCGGCAGCCAGUGCCCCGGCUGAUCCGAGCAAGCCGGCGACACUGGCGAACAAGGCGCUUCGCGGCAAGACGCUGGAGGAGAUUGCGCAGAUGUGGACAGACGAGCUGGCGGUGCAGACGCGCGAGUUCCACAAGCAGGCGGCGACGGUUGGGUACUGGGAUCGGGCGCUGGUACAGCAGGGCGUGCGGAUCACGGAACUGUAUGAGGCGACCAUGGCCGUGGAGGCCGAGCAGGCGGCGGUGGACCAGAGCCUGGAGCACAUGGAGGGCCAGCAGGCGGCGCUGGCCGAGCUGCUGGACACAUACGAGGGCCGCGUGCGCGCCCUGGUCCGCGACACCGUGCCCGCCAACGGCCGGUCGGCCGACGCCGAGCGCACGGCCUUGUAUGCAUCGGCCGAGAACCUGAAUGCCCAGAUGGACGAGCUGGCGCGGCGGCUCACCGAUCUGGUGGGCGCCGUGAACCAGGUGUCCAAUGCCGAGCCGGCUGGCAGUGCUGAGCGCAGGCAGGAUCCGUUCGACCAGAUUGUGCAGAUUCUGAACUCCCAUCUGAGCGCAAUGGAGUGGGUUGAUGCCCAGACCACGCAUCUCCAGGAGCGCGCCAAGACCGCAUUGCGCGUCAGCCAGCAGGUGGCUAAUGAUGUGGUGGAGGAGCAGCCGCCGCAGAUCCGCGUGCCGGGCGGGUUCCAUGAGCCGGCGCCGCCCAAUAUGUCGCUGUUUGGCACCCCCACGGGUCGCCGCGGGCUGUAGUUUUCCACACGUAGCUUCUAUGUCUGGUGAAUAUCAGGUAGCCAAGAGCAAUAUUCGCAUGGGCUACAUUGUCUAGCAGCGGUGUUUUGUGUUAGCCAGAG